AUAUGGUCAAAACCGUAAUCAACCACAACAUAAAUAGAUAUAUUAUUUGAAAUAAAUUCUACAUGGGAAGCCAUCUUCCAGGUCCCAUCUGAAACAAAAUCUUUAAUAAUAAGCUUUCUCGCAACAAAUCAAGCUUUCAUUUUCAUGGCACCUCUCUACGCCGGUAUCUCAAUCUUUGAUUGGACACCCAACCAUUUUUCAUUAAUUUUCUGGCAUUUUACUUUAGCAUAUUCUCUUUCACUUUCCUUCUUUUCUCUGGAAAACCCAUCAUUUUCUACAUCCCACAUCGAUCCGCUCUCUUCAAUCUUUUCCUUAAUGGGUCUUUCUGCAAACUUGCUUUUGAUUACCGUUUCGGUGCUUACUGGUAGUCUUGCCUCAGCUAAAGCUUCAGCAUGCACCCAUGGACAGUGCGAGCUGUUGGAGAAAUGUUCAUCAGACCAAGAUUGUGAAUCAGGGCAGUAUUGUUUCUAUUGCGUUGAAGGAUUUUCAAGCUAUAAAUGUGUGAGAUCGACUGCCACGGAUCAAUUCAAGCUUCUGAAUAAUUCGUUGCCGUUCAACAAAUAUGCAUUUCUGACAACACACAAUGCCUAUGCAAUUGAUGGAUAUCCAUCUCACACUGGAGUUCCUCGAUUAACUCUUACUAAUCAAGAAGACUCCGUCACUCAACAGCUAAUUAAUGGAGUUCGAGCCUUGAUGCUUGAUACCUAUGAUUUUCGUGGAGAUGUGUGGCUCUGCCAUUCAUUUAAAGGACACUGUCAUGACUAUACUGCAUUUGGGCCUGCUAUUGACACCCUCAAGGAAAUUGAAGCUUUCUUAUCAGCAAAUCCAUCAGAAAUUGUCACAAUAAUCUUAGAAGAUUAUGUUCAAGCUCCUAAAGGAUUAACAAAUGUGUUUACUGAUGCUGGAUUGAUGAGAUACUGGUUUCCAGUAAGCAACAUGCCCAAAAAUGGACAGGAUUGGCCUCUAGUUAAGGACAUGGUUAAAAAUAACCAAAGAUUACUUGUAUUCACAUCAAUUGAAUCCAAAGAAAUAAGCGAAGGAAUUGCUUACCAGUGGAAUUACAUGGUCGAAAAUCAGUAUGGGGAUGGUGGCAUGUUUGCAGGAAGAUGUCCUAAUAGAAAAGAAUCACCUUCCCUGAGCAACAAGAGUAAAUCACUGGUGUUGGUAAAUUACUUCAGGACUAUUCCCAUGAAGGAACUCACAUGCAUAGAUAACUCAGAGGAACUCAUGGACAUGCUUCAUACUUGUUAUGGUGCUGCUGGCAACAGAUGGGCUAAUUUUGUUGCUGUCAAUUACUACAAGAGGAGUCAAGGAGGAGGAUCAUUCCAAGCUGUGGACACACUCAAUGGGAAGCUCUUGUGCGGAUGUGAUGAUCUCCAUGAAUGUGUGCCUGGAACAAGUUCAUCAGCAGCCUGCUCUGCGCAAGAUGAACUGCAGUGAGAGAAAUUUUGCAUUAUUAUUAUUGUUGUUAUUAUUAUUUAAAAUGAAGAAACUAAUUUUAGCUAAGGAUUUUCAUCAAUUGCAUUGAAUAAUUUUAUAGUUGAUAGAAUAAGAAUGAAUAAAAAUAAAUGUGGGCUGGGAAUGAACCUUUGGACCACAGAGAAUCCAGGCAUGCUAAAUCUGGGCUCCAGUGGAAUGAUCCAUCAUGGAUUCAAAGCUCCAAGUUCAAGAUUGCUCAUUGGCUAAAAACUCAAUUCUUGUUCAUCACCCCUAGUUUUGAAUUAAAAAUUUUAUAAAAAUACAAUUCAAUU